AAGAAGUCAAAACUAAGAGGAAUAGGCACAUGCGAACAAGUAAGUUUUAAGACAUCAUUUAAAAGAAUCAAUUGUUGCUGCACCUCUGAUAUGGCUUGGGAUUGAAUUCCAGAGGCACGGAAAGCUCUAGCAGCUCUUACCCCAGCUGUUUUUAAUCGGCAACGAGGAACCACUAAAAGUUCAGCAGUAGCUGAACGCAGGGUACGACAGGGAAUAUAAGGCUCAAUCAAAUCCUGCAAAUAUGACGGUCCAAAGCCAUGCAAUGCUUUGUAAGUAGUUAGCAACACUUUAAAUUCAACCCUGGAUUUAACAGGGAGCCAAUGCAAUGAUUUAAGAACAGGAGUGAUAUGCUCUGAGCGGCGUGUGUGGGUUAAGUACUCUGGCUGCUGCAUUUUGUCCUAAUUGAAGUCGCUGUAACGUAGAGUCUGGUAGGUAAACAAAGCAUUGCAAUAAUCAAGCCUAGACAUUAUAAAGGCAUGAACCAGAUGUAGCCAUAUGCAAAAGAGUUAAUGAUAUAUUAUCUGUAUUUACAGCAGAAAUAGUUGCUAUAAUCUUAGGAUUACAAUGGGUAGAAGAGGUCAGGCCUGAGAGAGUAGUCACAGACUCUACUGCAGCACUUAAUAGUUUGAAUUCAAAAUAAACAAUAAGAGAUGAUUUAUUGAUGGAAAUAUUUACGAUAAUUCUGAGAAUACAAAGAGUUGGAAUUAAUGUACAAUGUUGUUGGGUUCCUGCUCAUGUUGGUGUGGAGAGAAAUGAGAAAGCAGAUGAAAUUGCAAAGAGAGCGUUGAAAUUAAAUGACGAUGAAAUAAUGAAAGUUCCCUUUGGAAAAGGUGAGGCCAAAUCGUUAAAAAGAAAGACAGUGAGGUAUUCGUGGCAGAAGAAGUGGGACAUAGAUGUUAAAGGAAGACACUAUUACAGCAUACAGAAAUCAAUUAAGAUGAAGGCUUUCAAAGGGAAGUGCAGAAGAGAGGAAGUGGCUUUUUCACGAUUUGGACAUGCUGGAUUAAAUUCAAAUCUUUAUUUAAUGGCAAAGUGUAUUUCAAAUAAAUGUGAUAUUUGUAAUGUUCCCGAAAUUGUCGCGCAUGUCAUAAUGAGGUGUAAAUAUAAUGGUAAAUAUAAUAAAGAGAGGAACACUUUACAUAAUAAGAUAUAUGAGCUAGGACGGGGAUGGAGUUUGGAUUGGAUUUUAGGGAUGUGGUAGAAAAUGUGGGAGUGCUGCAAGGCUCUCUUUAUUUUCAUUACUGAUACAGGAUUAGAUAGUAAAACAUAGUUUUUUGUCUUUCUUUUGUGUAAUCUGAAGUAUGUAAAGCCCUGAUGUUACACACUCCAGUACAGUAGGUGGCGGUAUGCACCUUUACACGUUUCCUCACGGGCCGCAUUUAAAUUUAGAGAAGAAAAAGAGGAAGAACCUCCAACUCAUUUGCUUUUUGGUUCACACAGCUUUUAACAGGCGUUUGGGAUCAUGCGCUGCUGUUUAUGAACUACAUAACGAUAAACGAACAAUUUAGUUUAUUAACAGUGUCUGCAAACAACAGGGGUACGCCCACAUCAGAAGUCGCGCAAUGAUAUGCAUCCUUGAGUUCAACACUACACUGCCUGGAUCUACUUCCUGCAUUUGUAAAGGAAAACAACAAAACAGCGAGCUGCAGUUCUGAACACCUUUGAGCAGUAGUAUGAUCCAGACUGGAGUCGGGUCUGAGACAGGACACUGAGACAACGCUACCAGAGCUCACUGAGCAGCACAGGAUCGGACAGAAAGAAGGAUUCAGUGGGCUGGAGUCUGUCCACAUGGCAGAGUCAGAGACAGAGUGUGCUGCACCAGGACUCAACACACUGGAGCCAGAGUGUGUUACAGCACACAGCGGGGUCAGUGAUGUACACCACACACACACACCACUGAUUAAAACAGAAACUGAUCUGGGCUCCACCCACACUGGGAAUCUUAAGAUAGAGAGCCUAGACAGUACAGAGCUGGGAUAUUUAACCCAUCUACAUCCUGACCAAAUCAAAACAGAGACUGAUGAUGGAGGAUACCUUAAAGCAGAACACUUCAGUGACUUGCAGGAUUUUAAUUUUAAGUCUGAUAAAAUGAAGUGUGAAUACAAUGAAAGUUUAGUGAGUGAUCUCAUGAAUUCUGCGAUGAAUGGUGCUGGUUCCUUUCAAAACAAGAUAAUUCACAGGAAUAAAUGUGAAAUUAAUACAGAUGAAAAGCCGUACAAGUGUAUGCAGUGUAAGAAGUGUUUUCGUGCAAAAGCUGAUUUAAAAUCACACCUGAGAAUUCAUACAGGUGAAAAGCCCUACAGAUGUUUUGAAUGCAAGAAGUGCUUUUCCCAAAUAGGUCAUUUAAUUUCUCACCGGAGAGUUCAUACAGGUGAAAAGCCCUACAAUUGUAUUCAGUGUGGGAAGUGUUUUUCCCAAAUGGCUAGUUUAAGUAGCCACUUGAAAAUUCAUACAGGCGAAAAACCACACAAAUGUACGCACUGUGGGAAGUGUUUUUCCCGCAUAUCUAAUUUAAGAAGCCACCUGAGAAUUCAUACAGGUGAAAAGCCAUACAAGUGUUCUUGUUGUGAGAAGUGCUUUUCCAGAUUAUGUCAUUUAAAUCGCCACCAGAGAAGUCAUACAGGUGAAAAGCCCUACAAUUGUUAUCGGUGUGAGAAGUGCUUUUCCACAAAAAAACUUUUAUAUGUACAUCAGAGAAGUCAUACAAGUGAAAAGUGUACUCAGUGUGGGAAGUGUUUCGGAACAAAUUCAGCUUUAAUUAGACACCUGAGAAUUCAUACAGGUGAAAAGCCCUACACGUGCAUUCAGUGUGGGAAGUGCUUUUCUCAAAGAGCUCAUUUAUGUAGCCACCUGAAAAUUCAUGCAGGUGAAAAGCCUUCCAUACACAUUUAGUUUUUCAUUUAGAAAAUAAAUAAAUAAAUAUAUUAACUAUUUUAAAUGACUGCCGAAAAGUUUGUACAGGUGAGAGAUUUC